GGUAUGAGUGAGACCACCCACAGCUCGCAACAUUAGCAAUGGGUUUUCUUCUCUCUAAUGGCAAGGGACAGCUGCCACCCCCCAGAGGAGAGCUGAAAAGCAAAAGAAAGUGAUUCCUUUUCUCCCUUUUCUCUCCUCUUUUUAUUUUUCUAUCAAAUUCCUUCCCCUCCCUGCACACCUUGUUCAGCAUCUUCCUCCUUGUGAGAGGGAAGAUCUCCUUUCCCUUUGCAAAUCCCAGGCACCUCUCAGGCUCUUUGUCAAAUCCAUGAGAUUCUACCCUUUCCUUUGAAAAUUUCCUCCCUUUCUCCUCUCUUCUCCUUAAAGUUGAAAUCUUUAUCCAUUUCCUGAUCCCCAAUUCCCUCAAAUUUUGAUUUGUUUUUUCUUUCUGUUUUUGGUUCCUCCUCCUGGAUUCAGGCUGCUCUGUGUCAUUCCUCCGAGUCUUUUCCUUUCCUGGAUGUUCCCCAAGUAGAAAUGUGAAGGAUUAGACUUGUUUAAGAUCAUCUUUGAGCUGAGAGCUGAGGCUUUGUGAUCUUUUCUAGUUAAUUACGGAGGUCGUUCUCCUGGAUUCCUAAAUUCUGAGGCUUUUUUUUUCUUGUUCAUUUUUUCCAAAGUCUGGCACUUUUUGGGUUCCCCGGACCGGGUUUUGGUUUCUAUGGGUCUCUGCAAUGGAAAACCGAUCCAAAACCCAGACAACCAAGAAGAAAUCCCUGCAGUACCCAAAAUUGAGGAGCCCCUGCCGCCAAAUCCUGGCACACCGAAGCAGCCUAAGUUCUCCUUCUACGUCCCGAGCCCUCUGCCGAGCUCUUACAAGGGCUCCCCGGCCAAUUCCAGCGUCAACUCGACCCCUCUCCGGAUCUUCAAGCGGCCAUUCCCUCCUCCAUCGCCGGCGAAGCACAUCAAGGCUUUGCUCGCCCGACGACAUGGAUCGGUGAAGCCGAACGAGGCCUCUAUCCCGGAGGGCAGCGAGGUUGAACUGGGACUGGACAAGAGUUUCGGCUUCUCGAAGCAGUUCUUCGCAAAGUACGAGCUUGGAGAAGAGGUUGGGCGCGGGCAUUUUGGGUAUACAUGCUCUGGCAAGGCGAAGAAGGGAGAACUGAAGGGCGAGGAGGUGGCUGUCAAGGUUAUUCCGAAAGCUAAGAUGACGACAGCUAUUUCUGUUGAAGAUGUGAGAAGAGAAGUGAGAAUACUGAGUUCUCUUACAGGACACAAGAAUCUUGUGCGGUUCUAUGAUGCUCACGAGGAUGAGGACAAUGUGUAUAUUGUAAUGGAGUUAUGCAAAGGUGGCGAAUUGUUAGACAGGAUACUCUCGAGGGGUGGAAAAUAUUCAGAAGAAGAUGCCAAGGCUGUCAUGGUCCAGAUAUUGAAUGUUGUAUCAUUUUGUCAUCUUCAGGGUGUCGUUCACCGAGAUCUGAAGCCAGAGAAUUUUCUUUUUAGUUCGAAGGAUGAGAAGGCGACCUUGAAGGCCAUAGAUUUUGGUUUGUCAGACUUUGUGAAUCCAGGUGAAAGGCUGAACGAUAUUGUAGGAAGUGCAUAUUAUGUUGCUCCUGAAGUUCUUCACAGAUCUUAUGGGACUGAGGCAGACAUGUGGAGUAUUGGUGUCAUUGCAUAUAUUUUGCUCUGUGGAAGCCGCCCUUUCUGGGCAAGGACAGAGUCAGGUAUAUUUCGUGCUGUUUUGAAGGCAGAGCCAAGCUUUGAGGAAGCUCCAUGGCCUUCUCUGUCUGCUGAGGCUAAAGAUUUCGUCAAGAGGUUGCUGAAUAAGGAUUAUCGUAAGAGAAUGACUGCUUCACAGGCUCUCAGUCAUCCUUGGAUCCGAGAUUCUCAAGAGAUCAAGAUUCCUUUGGAUAUUAUAAUUUAUAAGCUUGUAAGAGCUUAUGUAUGUUCUUCUUCUUUAAGAAAAUCAGCUUUGAGGGCCCUUGCGAAGACUUUGACGGUGACUGAGCUUGCCUAUCUGCAAGAACAAUUUGCAUUGUUAGGACCAAACAAGAAUGGCUAUAUCUCCUUACAAAACUUAAAGAUGGCAUUGUUAAAAAACUCGACUGAUGCCAUGAAGGACUCAAGAGUUCUUGAUUUUGUUAGCAUGGUGAGUUCUCUUCAGUACAGAAAGUUAGAUUUUGAGGAAUUUGCUGCUGCAGCAGUAAGUGUGUAUCAGAUGGAAGGACUUGAUAGUUGGGAGCACCAUGCUCGUAGUGCAUAUGAACUCUUUGAGAAGGAUGGUAACAGGCCUAUCAUGAUUGAGGAACUUGCAUCGGAACUUGGGCUUAGUCCUUCAGUCCCCAUCCAUGUUGUUCUGCAAGACUGGGUGAGACAUUCCGAUGGAAAACUGAGUUUCUUAGGAUUCCUUAAACUUCUACAUGGGGUUUCUUCAUGUUCGAUUCCAAAAGCCUAGUGUCAUCUGUCUUUCAUCAAGAUGGUCUAUGAGCAACAUUCAACAGCUGAAUUAUGAGGCAGGGAAAGUGGAAGCCCAGACAUUACAUGCAUGCUCCGAAUCAGGGAAGUAGAUGUGGAUCUAACUGAAAAAUCAAGUCAGUGAUGUGCGCAUUCAAGCUCUACCUUAUUUAGAUAUUCUUUUUUUUUUUUUUGUUGCCAUAUUGAUGGUUAGUCUACUCUAGCUGUUUGGAGAAAUGUACAUAUGAGGAUAGGAAGGAUAGAAGAUUGAAGGGAGUCGAUGCCUGUGUUUGCGGGUACUUUGCCUUGUAAUACUUCCUUUUACCCUCAAUAAGAUCUUUACUCUUGUUACAUGUGAUCAGAAGAAAUUUGUAGUCAUUCCAGAAGGGCUAUAAAGAGGGAUGGUGGACGUGGAGGUGGGAUCAGAGCCAUCAGAUUGACACUAAUCAUGUUUGAGAAAAAGAUUGAUACACAGGACUAUUGAGGAUUAAAAUUUUAUAUCAUUAUGUUUGGGAUUUAUCUCA